CGUUCAUGGUGAAGUCGAUGACGAUGCGAUGUUCAUGUUGAUGACGACGGUGAUGUUAUGGUGAUGAUGACGAUGACGAUGAUGAUGGUCAUGUCGAUGAUGAUGGUGUAGAUGAUGUCGUUCAUGGUGAAGUCGAUGACGAUGCGAUGUUCAUGUUGAUGACGACGAUGAUGUUAUGGUGAUGAUGACGACGACGAUGAUGAUGGUCAUGUCGAUGAAGAUGAUGUAGAUGAUGUCGUUCAUGGUGACGUCGGUGAUGAUUAUGAAGUAGAUGAUUAUGGUGAUGACGAUGAUGUCUAUUAUGAUUAUGGUGUUGUAGGCGAUGGUGUUGACGAUAGUGUCGAUGAUUAUGAUGGCGAUGGUGAUGAUGAUGAUUGUGGUGACGAAACUACUCUAGUUGUGGUUGUCCGUAGUUGGUCCAGGACUACAGCCCCGGAGAUUCGGACACUCUUCUAAUUUAUUUUUGUACAUGUAAGAGCAAGUGUAGGUCGUUGUUUCCUUUUCCCUUGGUGAGUACAUUACGUUAGGCAGAUUGUUUUGUUAAAAGUUGAGAAGUUAGUCCCUUUAUGAGAUAAUUUUGAGGUAAGUUGGUCUGUCAGUCAAUGCACCAUGUCUACUGUCAAGGAGAUGCUGGAGCUACUUGAAGUGGGGACCAAGAUGGGGAUGAAGGAUGAAGACCUUCAACAAUUCGUGAAGGACGAACAGGCCAGAAUGCGGGACGAACGUGAGAAACAUAGAGUCGAGAGACAGGAGGAGAGAGACCGCGACUUCAAACUACAGAUGGAGGAGAAAGACCGCGACUUCAAACUACAGAUGGAGAAAGAGCGCGCCGCAAGAGAACAUGAUGAGCGAGAGCACGCCCGAUUGAUAGAAGAAAAGAGACAUCAGCAAAAACUAGAAGAACUGGAACUUGAUCACAAACUGCAACUCGAGAGAUCUCACAUGAAUCCGAGUGUUGUGACUAAAGAGGAGAAAGAAACUUCUCAAGUGAUAAAAGGACCAAAACUUCCUCCGUUUGAGGAUUCGAAAGACAACAUUGACGCGUACAUUCAAAGAUUUGAGAUAUACGCAACAACGCAGAAAUGGAAUAAAGACACGUGGGGGACUCAUCUUAGCGCAUUACUCAAAGGAAAGGCACUGGAUGUGUUCGCAAGACUCUCACCCGAAACAGCACUUGAUUUCAACGAGUUGAAGAACGCCCUGUUGAAACGAUUUGACAUGACGGAGGACGGUUUCCGCAAGAAGUUCCGAUUUUCAAAACCAGACGGAAGUGAAACUUUUAUGCAAUUUUCUACCAGACUGGACAGUUACCUUGAGCGGUGGAUUCAGCUGUCUAAGACUAACAAGACAUUCGAUGAUCUGAAGGACUUGUUCUUACGUGAACAGUUUUUAUUGUGUUGCUCGAAAGAACUUGCCUUAUUCCUAAAGGAGAGGAUUCCUACUUCGAUCCAAGACAUGGCGCGAUACGCGGACCAGUUUGCUGAGGCCAGAACAGUGACAUCUUCUUCACUUACGCAAAAACCGCUCUUUGACAGACGACAGCAGUCCGAUAGACAACCGCCGUACAAAGAUUCCGUGCAACAAAACCAAUCUGGAAAUGCAGUGAAGUGUUAUGAGUGCGGACGACAAGGACAUAAAGCCUUUAACUGCAACUUCCGCAAAAGUCCGAAUAACAGGCCGUUUAAUUCGAGCGAGAAACAAGAAACAACACCGAAACAUACUUACCCUAGUGAUUUUCAACGUGGGUCGUACAAUAAUGGGAACCAUGGAUAUCCAGGACGCGGUAGAGGUCGCCAAGGAGCCGCGAGUGUCGUCGAGAAACAUGGAAACUUACCGUGUGUUGGUGAUUCGGUUGCUUUCUGUGAAACGGAAAUGCCAGUGGUGAAAGGAUGUGUUGGCAAUAAACUAGUGACUGUGCUAAGAGACACAGGUUGUAGUGGUGCCGUUAUUCGUAGAGAACUGGUAAACGAUGAUCAACUAACAGGGACAUCUCAACGAUGCAAGUUAGCAGACGGUCGUAUUAUUGAUUCAGAUGUGGCUAGAAUUGAUGUCGAUACUCCUUACUUUACCGGAAGUGUUGAUGCUUGGUGCUUUGAUUCGCCUUCGUACGAUCUUAUUCUUGGUAAUAUUCGUGGAGUAAGGAAACCACAUGAACCAAAUCCAGCCUGGAUUCAUUCCGUUGAAAACAUAGCAGCUGUUGAAACGCGUGCGCAACUGAAAAAGAAACAGUCUCCAUACAAACCAUUGAAAGUACCGGAAGCAAUACGGGAUGUAUCGCCGGAGGAUAUCUUACAAGAACAACGAAACGACGAGACACUGAAAAAGUUAUGGAGCUUAGCUGAGAGUGGACAGCUUAAACAUUUCAGUGACGGCGGAUUUUCAAAAAUGUGUGAACGGAAGCAAAUGUUGUUCAGAGAAUUUUGCAGUCCCAAAGUGUCCAGUGGAAAACUUUUCCGACAGUUAAUCGUUCCCCGGAAAUACAGAACUAUCGUUAUGAAGAUAGCACAUGAAACGCUGAUGGGUGGUCAUCUGGGAUCAAAGAAAACAACCGACAGAGUAGUGUCCGAAUUUUACUGGCCAGGAAUUCAGUCAGACAUUAGACGGUUUUGCAGAUCAUGUGACGUGUGUCAGCGGACUAUUCCAAAAGGAAAAGUACCUGCAGUACCGUUAGGGCAGAUGGACUACAAGAUCGAUAUGGGAGGCAAGCUGAAAACUUUCCACGCAAAUCUUCUUAAGAAGUAUGUUGAACGAGAUACAUUGAACUGUGGUGUUUUGUCAACAUGUGCAAUUUCACUCAUAGACUUUAGUGACCUAGAUGAUGAUGAACAACAGGACUCUAUUCUUAUGCCACCUGUUACUCAAACCGAAACAGCAAAGGACAUAAAGUUUGCAGACAGACUAACACCAGAUCAGUUGGAAACUGCUAAAUCACUGUGUGAUUCGUUCUCAGAUGUAUUUACGGAUAUACCUGGAAUGACGAACUUAGUGGAGCAUAAGAUUGUUGUGACAUCGUCUGAACCUGUGCGUGUGAAACCAUAUCCAAUUCCGUUCAGUACAGAGAAAACAAUUACAGAAGAAGUUCAGAAAAUGCUACAGUUGAAUGUGAUUGAGCCAUCAUCUUCCCCUUAUUCAGCUCCAGUUGUCAUAGCUCGGAAGAAAGAUGGAACGAAUCGAUUUUGCAUUGAUUAUAGACGACUGAACUGUGCUACGGUAUUUGAUGCAGAACCAAUGCCCAGUCCAGAAAGCAUAUUUUCCAAAAUGACCGGAAAGAAGUUUGUGUCAAAGAUAGACUUAAGCAAAGGAUACUGGCAAGUACCGAUGGCUGACGAGAGUAAGCCGCUUACAGCCUUUUCCACACCAUCCGGAUUGUACCAAUUCAGGACAAUGCCGUUUGGUCUUGUAAACGCGCCGGCAACAUUUAGUCGUAUGAUGAGAAAACUACUUCAAGGUAUGAACGGCGUAGAAAACUUUAUCGAUGAUGUCAUUGUUUUUACAGAUACCUUUGAAGAACAUCUACACAUACUGAAGACUGUGUUCGAACGACUCAGAGAUGCGGGACUUGCGGCCAGACCGACAAAAUGUUUCAUCGGAUUUGACAAGAUUGACUGUUUGGGACAUAUGGUGGGCAACAAGUGUCUAGAACCAGAACAGGACAAGAUUGAUGCAGUCAGAAAUGCGCCAAUACCACAAACCAAGAAACAGGUUCGUGCCUUCCUAGGCUUAGCAGGAUUCUACAGAAAGUUUAUUCCGAAUUUCUCUGCGAUAGCCAUUCCACUUUCUGAUCUUACGAAGAAGGGCCAACCAAAUAAAUUUAUUUGGACUGAAAGUCAGCAACGAGCUUUUGAUACAUUGAAACACAUGUUAUCAGAAAGGCCAAUAUUGAAGUUGCCAGAAUUUAAUGAAACCUUCAUUUUACGCACGGACGCUGCAGAUGAUGGGAUAGGUGCUGUGCUGUUACAGAUGGAGGAUGACGAGAAACUACCCGUAGCGUACGCCAGUAGGAAACUUCAACCAAGAGAAAAGGCAUACGCUGUUAUCGAGAAGGAGUGUUUGGCGGUAGUGUGGGGAAUACAGAAGUUCCACCAGUACCUUUAUGGACGCGAGUUUCUACUUGAAACUGAUCACCAACCCCUGACCUACCUUAACAAAGCAAAGACAGAGAACUCCAGACUGAUGCGUUGGGCUUUGCAGCUUCAGCCAUACCGCUUUAGGAUCAUUGCAAUCAAAGGAAGCGACAAUGUGGGUGCGGAUUACCUGAGUCGUCAGUGAGAUGUAUAGUAGACAGUACAGGUAUGUAUAUAGGUUUUAUUGUAAAUACGUGAGAAUUUUCAAAAUUCAGUGAUUGUUUAUUUGAAAUUGCAGGACAAUUUUUUAAGGGGGGAGGUGUGUGACAAUCACUGUUCAUAUCGAACACACCCGAUUUUAUUUUUCCCAUAAUUCUUUGCAACGUGCUUGGCCGACGCUAACAAUAGGCGCUAAGUUAUACCCGGCCGAGCUGUCCAGCAAUAAAGACGUGCUUAGUGUGUGAAGGGGGUAUCGUGGUAGAAGCCUGUGUGGCAUGUUUUAGUUUCACAAGUUCAGCAUUUGACGCGGACACGGAUAGCUGACCGUGGUAAGUAUUUAUUUAGUUUGGUGUAGUUUAUUUGUAAAUUUUUGCCUUUUUAUUAGUAUUACGCAGUCGUCCUAUAAAGUCACCUUGACCAUUGUUCACUGUAGAGUUACCUGUGUGUUCACUGAUGUGUGACUUUAGCGAGAGUGUUUAAAUGGAAUUCGUCUUUUUCUAUAGUACAGUUUUUGCUAUUGCUGUAUAAAGAAACGGUGAUUUAAAGGGCUAUUUUCUAUGCGUUAUUUUAUUUUACAAUUUAUUGUCACUUUUUCCACUUAACUACUUGGGCGGAAGUGCGUCACCGGAAGUCUCAGACGCCAUAUUGUUUACUGUAAACAAAUAACUUAGUUACCAUAUACUUACAAUAUUUUGAGAUGUUGCCUUUAAUAUAAUACUAUUUAUACAUUAUCAUAGUUUGAUACUAUCGGUGGGAAACUUAU